GAGACUGAGCGUGUGGGAGAGAAACAGACCUAAAACAGAGAAUAAGAAACGGGCAUCACAUUACAAGAAGAGCCCAGACAACGUGCUGACACUAACCCCUGGCUUUCUGAAGCUCUGAAAUACAGGAAUUAAAGUCUCUGUGUUUUACUGCAGCUCACAUCUUACUUCUUAACGUGACGGAAUACACUUUGGAUUUCAUUAUGACAUUUUGGAUAGAGUGGAUUUUGGCUUUUCUGGUCAUUGUAUUUGGAAGAAGUCAUGCUGAAGAUCGACCCUGUGAAAUAACUGUAAUGGACUAUCAGGAGUUUGGAGCAGUUAAUGAGAUCAUUACUCUAAAUUGCACCUCCACGUGUUCUACUCCAGUCUGGAAAACAAAUCUCCGUAAGAGCAACAUCCUUAGAGGAAGCACAUGGUCAUCGGUUGAUGUGGCUCUUGAAAUGGGCAAUUUCACCGCAACGUGCUUUUCGGCUGAUGGAAAUAUUAGCAGUAUAGCUCCACUUUGUGGUUAUGUGCCACCAAGCCAAGUGACAAUCGAUAUGCCAGAGGUGCUAGAAGAAGGGACUGUGAAUACCAUCACCUGCAAAGUCUACAGCGUGUUCCCUGAACCUUUACUACGCAUGUCAGUGACUCGCGAUAGGGACAUCAUAUAUGAGGAAACAUUUGAAAAAAAUAAUUGGAAGACAAUGGUUGAUAAGACAAUGACAUAUAAUUUCACAGCAGAGCGAAGUGAUAACUUGAAGGAUUUCUCCUGUAAUACCAUUCUGGAAUUGGGGACAUAUUCUAAUGUCACUAAAUCAUCAUCCAGUGUGACCAUCAGAACAUUCAACUUACCAUCUCCAGAAAUAUCUUCAGAGGUGUGGAUUGAACAAGGAUCAAAUGCUAAUUCUUCAUUUAAAUGCACGGUUCCUCAUGUGUUCCCUCCAGAAAAUGUAACUUUAGAUAUUUUAUUUGAAGAGACUUAUUUGAGUCCCAACAUAGAAAGACUUACCGAUGGCACCGUGAUGGGAACUGGUUCAUACUCAACAAGUAGCAGUCCUAUUGGAAAAUAUAAACUCAAAUGUAAAGCACAAUUAUUCAACUUUGCCAAAAAUCAAACCUUGGAUGUAAAUAUUUAUGAACAUCCUACAGUUAAUUUUACUCUGCCCAUUGACACUGUUGACUUGGAUAACACAGUGACUGCAUAUUGCGAUUUGACAACUCAAAAUAUAGAGCCCUAUUCUGUAGGAAUAUUUUACGACCAGGAAAAGGCAUGUGAAGAUCAGCAAAAUUGUGAUUUCACUGUGACAAGGCGAGCUCGUACUACAAACAUAACCUGCAAGGCCUAUCUAAGGGAAAAUCCAAAUAUUGCUGAAGUUGCAUCAAAGGUGUUGUCCGUCCACUAUCCUCCACGCUUCACAAAUGAUCUGUGUCCUGAACGCUUCAUAUGGGUAGAAAACAAGACAAAAGACUUUAUUUGCAGUGCUGAAGGGAACCCAGAAGCUAAAACUAAUUGCAAUAUUCCUUUUCUAAUGACAAAGAAUGACUCCGAUACAUACACGUGUGUAGCUUCAAACCGUCUGGGAAAUGUUACAACCUCAGUGAACCUGACAGUGCAAUAUCAGCCUUCAAGUCCUGUAAUUUCAAAAACACCCAACAGCGAUAUCGACGAAGGAAAUUCUGUGAACCUGACGUGCGAGUCUGAUUGUCUACCCACGUGCGAAUACAGCUGGGUUAUCCCACCUGGCACCAGCGUGGAAUAUGCAGAGAAAAAUAGAUUCAUUAUUAUUAACAGCGCAACACAUAGCCAUAGCGGCGAAUAUAUCUGUAAUGUCAAGAACAAGCAUGGAAUAGCAGAAACAAGAAUUGAUAUAACCGUUAAAGGUAAAAAUUGGUUGCCAGUUAUCAUCGUUGUAAUAGUUAUAAUUGUUUUACUAGCAGCCGCUGCCCUCUUAGUAUACUACCUAUGGCGAAAGGGAAAAAUAGGCAGCUACCACGUACAAAAUUCAAAGCAGAAGAAAUUAUCCAAAGAAAACAUCCCACUGAGCAAUGGAGCCUGAGUUCUAGAUGUAAAAAAUAUAAAAAAUGGAAUACUACUACUCACCAAAGACAUAUGACAUUGCUGUUCUUACUGCUUGUACUGUUUUGAUGUGACUACUAUUUAUGAAUGUACAGAUAAAAUGAGUGCAUGAAGAAAUGUUUUGAGCUGAGGCCAAAUACUAUAUCAUGGAGAUUAGUCCGUCGUUGGAUUUGCAUUUGCAGCACAAAUACUAUAGACCCCUUUUCUAGCCCACCUGGCAUUGUGCCACCAUGACUGGGAGAGCAUUAAUCGUGGAGCAGUGAAGACAUUAACUGGAUAUGCGGUGGGAUUGCUUUUUUUCGUACUCUGUGUACAUGGAUAAAGUAUUAACCUGAUUGACAUUUGAGAAAAA